CAAGCCAACAAACCCCACUCCGGCCGGGACAGUCUCGGUCCUUGUGUGAGGGUCCUUCAGAGUUGUGGGUCGAGAAGCCAUCCCCCUGUCCCCAAGUAGGUCUCUAUCGGCCACUUAUUUUUUAGGGAUGCUCAGAACACCCAUUACUAACCCAUAACUACCAGGGUAGCUUUUUCAGGGGCUUCACUGCUUACAGGACUGGGGGUGAGGGGGUGGAAUAGACCCGUACCCUAACUGGGUUUGAGCUGUAGUCUCCAGGUGAGCAGGUGGCUUCUGACCAGUUUCCUUUGGCUUGGCAAAGGCCACACGUCUAGUUUUCCUCCCUGAUAGGUAUGGGGUAAUAACAAAAAAGUAAGAACCAGCCCUUCCAGGGCUCAGGGGAGCAACAGAAAACUGCCUGGUCAGUACUUGUGAGGACAGAGGAGUGGAGAGAGGAAGCUGCCCAUCCAAAGUUAGAAACUUGGUUCUCUCCACUCUGCUCUUCUCCAGAGUAGGGAGCCAGUCUGGGAACCAGAGAUCCAGAAUGGCCCAUCUCUCAAGAUGGCCACAUGUGGUGGUGGGUGUGUCUUGGCUAGGUUUGGGCAAUCUGACCUCUCUAGCUUCUGUAAUCUUUGGGCUGCAAAGAAACUUAGAGUCUAGUGUUUCUCAGCAUACUUAAGCCACUGAGUAUUUCAUUUUGGAAUCGCCAAGCUGUGGUAAAAUUGGGUCCUUUGAGGUCAGUUAUAACCCUUAGUGUGGGGACAGAAUACUGCUUAUUCUUGGCCUUUGCUGGAACCCCACUUCUACCCUUUUUUUUUAAGGCGGAGAGAGACUCUUGUUUCUUAGGGCACUCCCUAAGAGCAGCUCUCAUUCACCCAGAGAUACUCAAAGAACAUGUUUUCAUUUUUCUUCCCUCUCCUCCCUACCCCACCAUUUUUCCCCAGCUCUCAGGGCCUGAGUGGGGCAGGAGGAUGCUUUCCCAGCCCCACCAUGGAGCUGCGCUGUGGGGGAUUGCUGUUCAGUUCUCGCUUUGAUUCAGGGAACCUAGCCCACGUGGAGAAGGUGGAAUCUGUGUCUAGUGAUGGGGAAGGAGUAGUGGGUGGUGCCUCGGCCUCCACCAGCAGCAUUGCCUCUUCCCCUGACUAUGAGUUCAACGUGUGGACCCGACCAGACUGUGCUGAAACAGAAUUCGAGAAUGGGAACAGGUCAUGGUUCUACUUCAGUGUCCGGGGAGGAACUCCAGGGAAACUCAUCAAGAUCAACGUCAUGAACAUGAACAAGCAAAGCAAGCUGUAUUCCCAGGGCAUGGCCCCCUUUGUGCGCACACUGCCCACCCGGCCACGCUGGGAACGCAUUCGAGACCGGCCCACCUUUGAGAUGACAGAGACGCAGUUUGUGUUAUCCUUUGUUCACCGUUUCGUGGAAAGCCGUGGGGCCACCACCUUCUUCGCCUUCUGCUACCCCUUCUCCUACAGUGACUGCCAGGAUUUGCUAAACCAGCUGGACCAGCGCUUUCUGGAGAACCACCCUACCCAUAGCAGCCCCCUAGAUACCAUCUAUUACCACCGGGAGACCCUUUGCUACUCUCUGGAUGGACUGCGUGUAGAUCUGCUAACGAUCAGUUCCUGCCAUGGGCUUCGAGAAGAUCGAGAGCCCCGCCUAGAGCAGCUAUUUCCUGAUGCCAGCACACCCCGACCAUUCUGUUUCACAGGCAAGAGGAUAUUCUUCCUAAGCAGCAGGGUACACCCUGGGGAGACUCCAUCUAGCUUUGUCUUCAAUGGCUUUCUGGACUUCAUCCUUCGACCUGACGAUCCUCGGGCCCAAACCCUACGUCGCCUCUUUGUCUUUAAGCUGAUUCCCAUGUUAAACCCCGAUGGCGUAGUCCGGGGCCACUACCGCACAGACUCGCGUGGAGUGAAUCUGAACCGUCAGUACCUGAAGCCUGAUGCAGUCCUGCACCCAGCCGUCUACGGGGCUAAAGCUGUGCUUCUCUACCACCACGUGCACUCCCGUCUGAACUCCCAGAGUCCCUCUGAGCACCAGCGCAGUCCCCAUCUCCCUCCUGAUGCUCCCCUUUCUGACCUUGAGAAAGCCAACAAUCUCCGAAAUGAAGCUCGCCUUGGGCACUCACCUGACGGGGGGAGCCCUGAGGCCUGGACACAGACCGAGCCAGCAGAGCCGAAGCACCACAGCGUGUGGAUUAUGCCACAGCAGUCCACUGAGGCUGAGCAUCCAGACCCCGACACCAUCCCCCCCAAAGAGAGUGGUGUUGCUUACUACGUGGACCUGCAUGGACAUGCUUCUAAAAGGGGCUGCUUCAUGUAUGGAAACAGCUUUAGUGACGAGAACACCCAGGUGGAAAAUAUGCUGUAUCCAAAGCUCAUCUCCUUGAACUCAGCCCACUUUGACUUCCAGGGCUGCAAUUUCUCAGAGAAGAACAUGUAUGCCCGAGACCGCAGAGAUGGCCAGUCUAAAGAGGGAAGCGGCCGGGUUGCAAUCUACAAAGCCUCAGGGAUAAUCCACAGCUACACACUUGAAUGCAACUACAACACUGGACGCUCAGUAAACAGUAUCCCUGCCGCCUGCCAUGACAACGGACGUGCCAGCCCCCCUCCCCUGCCGGCCUUCCCCUCCAGAUACACUGUGGAACAGUUUGAGCAGGUGGGACGAGCUAUGGCCAUUGCAGCUCUGGACAUGGCAGAAUGCAAUCCAUGGCCCCGAAUUGUGCUGUCAGAGCAUAACAGCCUCACGAACCUCCGGGCCUGGAUGCUAAAACACGUGCGCAGCAGUCGAGGCCUGAGCACUACUGUGAACACGGGUGUCAACAAGAAGAGAGGCUCUCGAACUCCACCCAAAAGUAACAAUGGACUGCCUGUUUCCUGCUCUGAAAAUACCUUGAGCUGCGCGCGAAGUUUUAGCACUGGCACAAGUGCUGGUGGUAGCAGCAGCAGUCAACAAAAUUCUCCACAGAUGAAGAACUCCCUCAGCUUUCCUUUUCAUGGCAGCCGGCCUGCAGGGCUGCCAGGCCUGGGCUCCAGCACCCAAAAGGUCAGCCACCGGGUGCUGGGCCCCGUCAGAGAGCCCCGAAGCCAGGACAGGAGACGGCGGCAGCAGCCACUGACCCAUCACCCUACUUCAAGCAGCCCGGCCCCGUCCCCAACUCCUGUUAGUUCUAACACAGCCUCUUUACACAUGGGCUCCUGCCUACUGCCCAACUCACUCGGCAUAUCAGGGAGUAGCUGCUCAUUCCUACCCUCAGGGGACAAACCAGAGGCUGUCAUGGUGAUUGGGAAAGGCCUGCUAGGGGCUGGACCUCGGAUCCCCUGUAUCAGGACCCGACUACAGGCUAGGCCCAGGUUGGGCCGGGGCUCACCGCCGACUCGCAGAGGGAUGAGAGGCUCUUCGGGCCCCACGUCCCCUACCCCCCGGAGCAGGGAGAGCAGUGAGCCAGAGCCGGGACCCUGCUCCAUACCACGGCUGCCUCAGGCUGGGCCCCCACGGCCCUGCUCUGCCCCUGCCGUUUCUCCUAUUUCCCGUAGUCUGUCUGACUCCCAGUCCCGGAUUUGUUACAGUGGGGGGCCCUUGGGCCAAACUGAGGUUUGUUUUGUCCCUAAAUCUCCUCCACUCACUGUUUCUCCUCGGGUCUGAGGCCUUGACCUUCACGCCCAGCACAUGACCCGGAGAUGGGGAACACAGUGAGAAAUGUGCUAGUCCCCUUUCUCAGCUCCUGAUUCCAUGUGACAAUUAUAACUCCUUGGAACGCCAGCCACACUGUUCUGAGACACAGCAGAGCAUCACCUUGAGACAGGACAAAGCAGGGACCUGCCACCCCUUCCCUCCCUCCACAGCACACGAUUUUGGGACCACAAAAAAAAUCUAUAUUUUUAUACUGGGGGGAGGGAGUAGAAAAUAAAGUAGCCCUAUGCUGGGCCCUAUUCAGUGGCAGCUUCUUGUUCCAUAAGGUUAAGGAAGACUUUGAGGAAAUUAAAGUUGUUUGGAAAAAUC